AUGGCCGUCGCGCCGCGGCCCCCGGCCCCGGCCGCGGCCGCCGGGGCCGCGGCGGCGCCGCCGCGGGGCCAGCGCGUGUCGUCCUACCUCUGGCGCGCCGUCGCGGCCUUCCUCGCCGGCGACGCGGCGGCGCUGCGCGCCGCGGCCUGCGCCUGCGACGCGCUCCGGCGCGCGACGGCGCGCGACGACCUCUGGGCGCGCGCGCUCGCGGCGCUCGGCGCGCUCCACGCGGGCCGCGGCGGCGCGCGGGCCCGCGCCGUGCGGGCCGCGGCGUUCCGCGCGCCCCGGGCCGUCGGCGUCGCCUCGUCCCGGGCCCGCGGCGCGCACGGGCGCGCCGUCGGCGCCGCGCGGGCCGCGCUGGCCGUCGACGCGCCGCCGGCGCCGACCGGCGCGGCCCUCGGCCUCGACGGCCGCGGGCGCCUCGCCUUCUGGCGGCCCCGGCCCGCGCGGAGGCGCCGGACGCCCGCGGCCUGGCGCCGCUUCGCCGGCGCGGUCGACCGCGGCGGCGCCGGCGCGCCGCGGCCCGCGCCGGAAACGGCCGGCUUCGUCCAGCCCACACGUCUCUCGUGGCCGCGGCGCGUCGCGGGCCUCGCGGCGAACGCGGGGCCGGGCGUCGCGGCCGUCGUCUUCGGCGAGGUCGACGGCGACGGGCCGGAGCCGCGCGCCGAGUUCCGCGGCCUCGCCGUCGGCCCCGUCGUCUGCGGGUCCUACGGCUUCACGCGGGGCAGGAAAAGAGUGCGAAAUUCCCAACUUCAAAGGCUCCUAUCUCGGUCGUUUUCCACUCGCUUCACGGACGCGCCGCUCUGCGACGGCCGGUGCCUCGGCGCCUUCGCGCUCCACGGCGCGUCGGGCGCCCUCGGCGGCGGAGACGACUUCGAGGCCGCGGUCCUCGAGGGCGGCGAGGCGGCCAGAGGGACGCUCGCGGGCGCCGCGCACGUGCAGCGGCGCGACCCCUGGCGGCCGGCGGUCCGCGGCGCCUACGACGCGGACGCGCCCGCGCCCGCGCGCGUCGACCCGGCCGACGCCGACGCCGUCGGCCACUGGGCGCGCGCGACGCUCGCCCUCGACACGCGCGGGCCGCCCCGCGGCUGCGUCGACGCGCCUUCGGCGCGCGUCCGCCGCGUCGCCGCGGUCCUCACCGUCGAGGCAAACGGCGCGGACCCCGAGUUUUUGGACGUGUUUUGCGGCGCGGCGGGCUGGGCCUUCGAGCUCGAGGGGACGCUCCGGCGGUCGCCGGACGACGCGGCGGGCGCGUGGCUCGCGCUCGAGGGCCGCGCCGCGCGCCGGGGCGCCGCGCCGAAGCUGGCGCCGGGCGGCGCCUGCCGCGGCGCCUACGACGCGCUCGCCGGCGCGGGCUGGCCGCCGGCCGCCGCGGCCGAGGGCGACGCGCUCCUCGUCGAGGGCGAGCUCCGCGGCGGCGUCCUCGCGGCCGUCCUCCGCCUCCACACGGGGCGCGUCGGCUUCGUCGACGGCGCCCUCGCCGCGGGCCUCGUCGAAGUCGACGCGGCGUCCUUCGAGGAGCUCCCCGCCGCGCCGCGCGCCAUGAUCGACCUGCGCAAGGGCCACCCGCGCCUCGAGGAGCUGCCCCACGGCGCCGUGUCGCGGGCCUGCGCGGCGGCGGCGGCGGACCUGGCCGCGCGGGGCGAGGCGGGGCUCCCGCUCAACUACGGGCCCGCGCGGGGCCAGCGCAGCCACCUGGCCGCGCUCGCCGGCUGGCUCGCGGCGCGCUACGGGUCGCGCGUCGACCGGUCGUGGCUGAUGACGACGAACGGCGUGUCGCACGGCCUCGAGCUCUGCGCGGCGGCGCUCACGCGGCCCGGCGACGAGAUCCUCGUCGAGGCCCCGACCUACUUCCUCGCCGCGGCCAUCUUCCGCGACCACGGCCUGAAGAUCCGCGGCGUCGCCGUCGACGCGGCCGGCGAGGACGCGGCCUACGCCGCGCUCGGCGACGGCCCCGCGCCGCCCGACGACGGCGGCGGCGACGACUACGACCCCGCGGCCGCGGCGACCGGCGCCGGCGCGCCCGCGGCGCCCGCGGCGGCCGGCGCGCCGCGCGGCCGCGUCGUGUCCGUCGGCUCCUUCACGAAGAUCCUGAGCCCCGGGCUGCGCGUCGGGUGGGUCGAGGCCGCGCCGGACGUCGUCGCGGCGCUCGCCGCGCGCGGCUACGUCGACAGCGGCGGCGGCGUCGCGCCCCUCGCGUCGGAGAUCGCGACGCGCGUCGUCGCGAGCGGCGACCUCGACGCGCACCUCGACGGGGCCCGCGCGGCCUACGCGGCGCGCUGCGCCGCGCUCCUCGCGGAGCUCGACGCCGCGGCGGACGUCUUCGAGCCGCUCGCGCGGCCCACGGGCGGCUUCUUCGUGUGGGUGCGCCUCAAGCGCGGCCUCUCCGCGAAGACGCUCCUCGCGCGCGCCUCCCGCGACGUCGUCUUCCUACCGGGGGGCGCCUGCGACCCCGGCGGCGCGCCGCCCCUCGGCGCCGCGGCGCCGGACCUCGACGCGCACGUCCGCCUCUGCUUCGCGAUGCAGUCCGAGGCCGACGUCGUCGCGGGCGCGCGCGCGCUCGCCGGGCACGCGCGCGCGCUCGCGGACGAGGCGUGA